AUGCCGGCUGAUGGCGAAUCGCCGGUUCCAAUAAAACCUCAGCAUGCUCCUCAGAAACAUGCACCGAUCAUCUUAUUCUCACUAAUCGCCCUUCGUCAUGGAGCUGACGAAGCAAGACAGUUGGAUUGGCUACUUUAUGGCGUCGGAGGGGUCGCGGCAGUAAUAUCUGGAGCGGGCUUCCCUGUGCUAGACCUAGUCUAUGGCUACUGGACGACCGCACUGGUCGCUGCGGACAUGACCCCCUCGUCACUGCGAGGAACGACAAACACUAUGGCAGGAAUCUGUUUGGGAAUUGGAAUUCUGCAGUUCAUCACAGGGUCAAUUUUCUUGACCUGCUUUACCAUUGCGUCUGGCCGUACAACCGACAGGCUUAGAAGGGCGUAUUUAGACUCCGUACUACACCAGGAUGCGGAAUUUUUUGAAAGGGUUGGUCCCGGAGAAGUUGGAACUCGAAUGAUCAAGGACGUUGGAACGAUUAAGACUGCGACUGGAGAAAAACUAGGAUUUAUGGUCUGGGCCUUUACUACACUUCUCGUUGCUUUAAUUAUGGCCUUCUCUCGCGCCGCUCGCCUAGCUGGGGUGGUAUUUGGCGUGGUGCCUCUUGCUUUCAUUCUAUUCAUGAGCAGCGGCUACUUGGCCGCAAAGGCAGAUGCACGGCUACUAGACGUCGAGGGGCAAGCAGGAACCCUUCUCGAACAGAUUUUGAGUAGCGUUCGGGUUGUGCAAUCUUUUGCGGCGGAAUCGUUUCUGGUCAAGAAGUAUGACGCAUAUUUGGACCAGGACAUUGCGUAUGUAGUUACAACGCCUGGGCAAAUGGCGUUCGGUUGUGCCGUUGCGUUCUGGUACGGAAGCCAAUUAAUUGUGCGGGACAACCUCGAAGUUGGAUUAAUGUUCACAGUGUUCUGGAAUAUGUUUAACGCCAUUUUUGCGAUCGCCAACAUCUUGCCGCAUAUAUCCGCCAUUCGUGAUUCGAUCCUGAUAUCGACUCGAAUCCGUUCUGAAAUCGAGCGCGUACCAACGAUCGACGUUCGAGGUAACAAGGGCGAGAAGCUCUGGGAUAGCCAGACAGGGGAAAAGGUUAAUGCUUCGAUCGAAGUCCGCAAUCUUACGUUCUCGUAUCCCUCUCGACCCGAUCACAAGACCUUGGACGAUGUGAGUUUCGUUUUGGAGGCUGGAAAAGUCACUGCCCUUGUUGGAGCGUCUGGAUCCGGAAAGUCUACGAUUGCGUCCCUUUUGCUUCGCUAUUAUGAUCCAUCGCCAGCCCAAGGUGGGAAAUCGAGCGGGGGUAUCUUCCUUGCCAAACGCGACAUCCGGGACCUUAACCUUCCGUGGCUUCGGUCCCAGAUUGGGAUUAUUGCUCAGGAUCCUCAGUUAUUUACGGCUUCAAUCUUUGAAAACGUUGCGUACGGUCUGAGCGGCACCCCGUGGGAAUUGCCUACAUCCGAAUCCGAGCCCAAUUACCAAGAGAGAUUGGCCGAUGCAAAGAUUCGGGUCGAAUAUGCUCUGAAACAGGCCCAAGCUUGGGACUUUGUGUGCAAACUACCAGAAGGAAUGGACACUCGUAUCAAGGGAGGCCGGACUGGUGUGUUAUCAGGUGGACAGCGCCAAAGGAUUGCGGCCGCACGUGCACUUGUCCGAAAGCCAAGGAUUCUGCUACUUGACGAGGGUACCUCCGCGCUCGAUGCCGAGACCGAACAGCGCAUGAUGGCAGCUGUUCAUGAAGAACAGGCACAGAGCGGCAUGACUACGAUCUUGAUUGCCCAUCGCCUCUCUUCUAUUCAGAAUGCCGACAGGAUUAUCGCUAUGAGUAACGGCCGGGUUGCCGAGCAAGGCACAUACAGCGAGCUUAUGAAACUUGGCAGCGUUUUCAGUGCGCUUGUACGACACCAAGCAUCCGCGGGCCAAUUAACCUCGAGCUCUCAAACGACCGUCUCUAAUUUCACAAGCAAGGAGCCAGAAAUGGGCAAUAGAUCGGCGACAUUCUCUACCCCACACGUCCCACUUUAUCGGCCAGUUUCGACGGUAUCGGUUGCCAGAACUGUGAUAGACGACCCCAUGGAACGUGGACUACUAGUCAAAGGGACAGAGCCUCAAGGCUUAGCUGCUCGUUUUUUCCGGCUCAUGGGCAGGUAUAGUCAGUGGAUUUUGAUAGGCAUCAUCGGCUCUCUGUGCAUUGGUGCUUCGUUCCCUAUUGCAGGCUGGCUUAUUGGUUUUGUGAUCGAAGGGUUGAGUAUCCACGAUAACGACGAGCAGGUGCUGCGGGAGGGCAGAUACUGGGCGAUGUGGUUCCUAGUUUUGUCUAUGGUCAAUAUUGUAUCCAGUUUCAUCGCUGGAUUUUUCUUGUCUAUGGGAGGAACUCGAGUUGACAGGCGACUACGGCUGGCGGCCCUCAGCUCCCUUCUCCGACAGGAAAUUGGAUUCUUCGACCAAGAGGAGAAUGCAGCAGGGAGCUUGACCGCCGGAAUUGCUUCUCAGGCUGGCCACGUCUCUGCCGCGAUAGGCCUUGUCUGGCAGCAACUUAUUACUUCCGGUGGAAACUUCAUCGGAGCAUUUAUUCUCGGAGUCGCGUUAUCUUGGAGGCUUGCGCUCCCCAGCUUUGCACCGGUUCCUGCCAUCCUGGUCACCGCGUACUUCAACAUUGCAUUAUUAGAGAAGUAUGAACAAACGCUUCAUAAGCCGCUUGAAGACGCGUCUGCAUUUGCCAGCGAGAAUGUGGAUGCAAUCAAGACCGUUGCUGCUUUGGGACGAGAAAGCUUAGUGAUGGAAUAUUUCGACAAAAAUUCCGCUCAGAAAACUACAAAGACAAAAUACCUUUUUGGCGGCGCCUUGGGUUUCGGCUUCGGAAUAGGAAGCAUUCUGAUUUUAAGCGCAAUCUUGAUGUGGUGGGGUGUUGAGCUUUAUCUGACGGAGCGGAUUAGCUUGAAGAAUCUGUAUGCGACUUUUGAGGCUGUCCUCAUUGGAGCCAUCGCGGCGAGUCGGUUGUUUACAUAUAUACCCGACAUGGCCAGGAUGAUUCAAGGUUUCCGUGCCAUCUGUAACUGGGAAGAUCGCAAGCCAGAGAUAGCUUCUCUCGAUGCAAUUAAAGCUCCUUCGCUAGAAAAAGUCCGGGGGGAGAUUAAUUUCACAUCCUGUACAUUGCAGUACGCUUCCAGACCGAAACCUGCGAUUGAGAAUCUUAACCUGGUUAUACCUGCUGGCAAGUCGGUAGCAUUUUGCGGACCUUCGGGUGGCGGCAAGAGCAGCAUCAUUUCGAUGAUUUCGCGUUUCUACGAUCCCAACUUGGGGACCAUUUCUCUCGAUGGCCGUGACAUCCGGAGCAUCCCUCUGGAGGAAUAUCGUAGCCACAUAUCUUUGGUGGCGCAAGAUGCAGUAUUAUAUGAGGGAACUUUCCGCGAAAACAUCACCCUCGGGCAAACAUCCAUUUCGCAGGAUGAAAUAGAACGUGCAUGCCGUGACGCCAACAUCUUGAGCUUCAUACAAUCAUUACCGCAAGGUUUUGACUCUCCAGUUGGAUUCAAGGGUUCUCAAAUGAGCGGUGGUCAACGGCAACGUAUCUGUAUUGCGCGCGCACUACUUCGAAACCCCAGCAUCCUCCUGCUCGACGAAGCUACCUCUGCACUUGACGCCGAGUCCGAACGAUCUGUACAGGAAGCGCUAGAACAAGCGUCCAAAGGUCGCACAACCAUUUCUAUCGCUCACCGUUUAUCCACAAUUCAGAACGCUGAUAUCAUCCAUGUUGUUGAGGAUGGGCGUAUUAUUGAAAGCGGUAGUCAUGUUGAGUUGCUCGCCCUCAAUGGGCGUUACGUUGAUCUCGUUAAAUCCCAACUCUAA